AUGCCACAAAGCUUUGAGAAGGCCAAGGAGAAGGCGGAGGCGGCUGAGGGCCGAGAUCUGGGCCAGGGCGGUCCAGCCCUGCCAAGCUGGCAGGCAGAGCCGGAGCACGGGGAUUUGGAGCGAUUCAUUAGGUAUUGCAGAACUUCCAAAUGCCCGGACUUCCAGGCUGGACAUUGCGAGCUUCACAAGCCGAUGCAGUGCUUUCACUUCCAUUUCGAGGGCCAGCGCCGGCGCAGCGUCCUCGGCCUGGACGGGAAGCUCUGCUACUGGGAGCUUCCCUGCAAGUGGAUCUCGCAGCCCAACAAGUGCCACUUGGGUGACCGCUGCCUCUUCGCGCACUCCAAAGGCGAGAUCUCCUACCACCCGGCAAAGUACAAAACCCGACUCUGCAACGGCGGAGAUUGCCAGAAGGCGACUUGCUGCUUCGCACAUUCGGAGAAGGAGCUGCGAAGCCAAGCUGUCGCUCGCUACUCCCAUGGGAUGGCCCUUACCGAAGGAGAGAGGCCAAAGAAGGAGCUGAAGGAGCUGAGCGGCGUCCUCCGGGCUGAAAGCGUCCCGGAGGAGGGGCCCCCGCCCUCGGGGGGCCCUCGCUCGGGCUCAGGGGGCGCUUCGGGUUCGGGCACCAACACCCGAGGUCUGGAACCUGUGGAUUUGAAGACCUUCAAGGUCUUCCCCUGUCGCAAAGGCAGAGGCGUCCACGAUCGGAAGCUUUGCGGCUUCUACCACAACCCACGCGACCGGCGCCGGCCGCCCACCUGCGGCUACCGACCCGAGCCCUGCCCAGAGCUAGAGGGCGAGGCCGAGGAGGACUUUAUUCGCAGGCAGGGUCAUCGGCAUCUUCGACUGCGAGGUCUUCUUUUCCUAGCUCCUUGGCUUCCCGGGCGGCGAGUUCUUCUGCGAUUCUUUCCAGUUCGGCCCCGGCAGGCUUUUGCAGCCGAGGGCGACGGGGAGACCGAGAUUUACGACGAGGACCAUGAUGAAGAGGAGCUCGUGGCCGACGAGGGCGAUGCGAGCCCCAGCUUGGAUGAAGUAUUGGAGUCCGAGGCCCAGGCGCUGGCGGCCGAACUCGAGGAAGCAGAGAGCGAAGGCUUGGACAGUGGAACGCUAGGCAGCGUCGAGGACACCUUUGGCACGCUGCGGAGGAUUUGGGAAGGCGUCUCCUGCUUCUUCCGGUGCUCGCUCCAAUCCCUCUUCUCCUUCGUCGGAGACCAGGUGUGCACAAAGCCUGGCGCUGGAUUGGGCCGCAAGGGCGGCGGCCGUGGCAGCGGCAGUGCUGGCACACCGGCCCGACGGGUUCAGCUCACAGAGGUGCUCGCUGCCGAGACCAAGGAGGAGCCCCCGAGUGCCACUCACGAGUGGCCGUUGUGA